CGGACCAUAUUUACAACGCGUCCGACUGUAACGCGGAACAUUACAUCCCCUCGAUGACAGUUCGGGGACUGUCUGUUUGUGAGAUAUCGUGUAAAGCAAUCUACCAAGGCACCUCUGAGAGGAGCAAGAUCGAGCAACCACUUUAUAUACACUCAUCAAAGUACUAAAUAUGGCGUCCCGAUCUCCAUCGUCUUCCCCUGACUCUGCCACCGGCUCAGGUACAGACCCAGCUCGGCCCGACACAGGAGAGCCGCUCGGUGGAUCGGAUUCCGAUUCGGAUUUAGGUCUGCGGGGUAUGGAUUGCGGGGCUGUGGAUUUGGGACAUCGACUUGAAGGGGCUGAGCUGGAAGCUGAGUUCGAGGCUGCGGCCGAUCGGGUCCCUAGUCUGGUCCAGACGGCCAGUAGAGAACAGUUGCUGUACCUGUACGCCAGGUAUAAACAGGUGAAGGUUGGAAAGUGCAACACGCCAAAGCCUGGAUUUUUUGACUUUGAAGGUCAGAGGAAAUGGCAGGCCUGGAGGCAGCUGGGGGACAUGAGUGCAGAGCAGGCCAUGCAGGAGUAUGUAUCCUGUGUCCACGCCCUGGACCCAGAAGGCAGCCAGAAGCUCUCCGACAGAAGGGGGCGUCGGACGGGGUUUGGAGGUGCGGCAGUCAGCUCUCUCUUCCAGGAGGAGACCAUCAGGGAAGAGGACAAGAACAUAUUCGACUACUGCAGAGAGAACAACAUCGAGCACGUCACCAAGGCCAUCGACUCAAAGAAGGUGGACGUGAAUCUGAAGGACGAGGAGGGACGGGCCCUGCUGCACUGGGCGUGUGAUCGGGGGCACAAGGAGCUGGUGUCCGUACUGCUGCAGAACAACGCCGACAUCAACAGCCAGGAUGAUGAAGGUCAGACAGCAUUACACUACGCUUCGGCCUGUGAGUUCGCGGACAUAGUGGAGCUGCUCCUACAGGCAGGAGCUGACCCCUCCAUCAAGGACCAGGAGGGCUCUCUCCCUGAGGAGGUCACAGAAUCAGGAGACAUCUCCUCUCUCCUGUGCCAGUACGCAGCCUCCAAAGGCUAGGCCCCGCCCCCAACACCAGCCCCUCCCCCUUCCCUGAACUCACUGCAGCAACAGCAACGAGACCAUCAUCCACACCAUCGGCUGAUCUUUAUAUUAAUUAUAUACAUAAAUAUAUAUAUGAACCAGAAGCCCAUUAUAAACGUCAGGAAGACGUAGACAGUAUGACCCC